AUGCUGGGAAUCACUUCACGCUUGCUGUUGAUUGCCACGCUGGCAGCCGGCGUAGCUGCUGCGCCGAGCGUGCGCGAGGCAGAGUGGGUGUAUUGGAUCACGAACCCUGUCAAGCCGGACGACGAUGCAGCGCACAGUGCUUCGCUCGAGCCGUGUUCGGUCGAGGUGGGCCGCAUGCCGUACGAAGGCUACACUGUCAAGCUGCACCGAGCGCCCUACGCCUCGGCGUGCGUGCGUGGCGUCAAGGAUGUGCAUGCCAGCGAGCUCGUGCGCGGUCCUGGAGAGGUGGUCCUCUUCCUGCCCGAGACGAUGGAGCGCGUGACCGGCGAGAUGGAAUGGUCGGCACGUCUUGGUAGUGCCAUGAGUAGCGCGCCCAACGCUGCUGCGGGGCAAGUUGCAUUCCAGCUCGCUGCACCCCAGUCGACGAUCCUUGCGGCCACGCACGACGUCUUUGCAGUGGCACUGGACGAGGCUGGCUUGGCGACUGCCGAUCGAUGGGCCACCUUCGACACUCGCCUGCACAGGAUGGACUUCCGACCCACCAACACGCUGCAGCUGAACGAGGAGGACCGACCGGAGCCGGUGUUCGGCAAGCCCAAGCACAACGCGCUCGUCAGCAAGAUCGCUUCGUCGAGUGCAUUGAAUCCGGCGCGCAUUGUGAAGGAUCUGCGCAUCUUGACGGGCGAAGACGCGCAGCCGGCCGAGGUGGGCGAGUGGCACAGUCGACACAGUUCGACGUACGGUGCGCGUCGUGCGGCGCAGUGGAUCAAGGAGCAGCUCGAAUUCAGCCUGGCUCCGCUCAACACCACGUGCGACUACUUCAACUACAGCGCGUACUUUUCGCCCAACAUCGUGUGCGAGAUCGCCGCCUCUUGGCAGGAGAAGGAGGAGGGGGAGGUGGUGUUGAUUUCGGCGCACUACGAUUCGCGCGGCUCGUUUGGAUCCACCACUGCGCCGGGCGGGGAUGAUGAUGGUAGUGGUACUGCUGCGUUGCUCGCCAUAGCGCGUGCGGUGGGUCAGGCUGCCGUCUCCUUUGAUAGCCCUGUUCGGCUGGUUGCAUUCAGUGGCGAAGAGCAGGGACUGGUGGGAUCGCAGAUGUACGCAAACCAUCUGCGCGAUACCAACGUCAAGGUGAAAUUCGCUCUGCAGAUGGACAUGCUCGCCUAUCGAAAGCCGGGCGAACCCAUGCAGAUCGCCUUUCCCGACAAGUUGGCCACCAAAUCCGCCACCCAGUUCGUCUGGAGGAUCGCCGACAUCUACGCGCCCGAGCUGCAGCAAGGCUAUACUCCCGCUUGCUGCAGCGACCAUCAGAGCUUCUGGGAGGCAGGCUAUCCGGCCACCUGGGUGUUCGAACGCAACGGCCCCAUCGCCGAUCCCAUGUACCACAACUCGGGCGACACCACCGACCGCGAAGGGUACGAUGUAAAGCAGCUCGCCGCCAUCGCCAAAGUCGUCACCGCUUCCCUCCUCCACCUCGCCGGCUUCAACCUCUAG